AUGCCACCAAAACAAUUCAAAAAAUCAUUUGCUGCACAAGGCAGACUUGAAAAAGAAAGAGAGGAAAGAAGUAUCAGAGAACGUGAAUCUCACGUUAAAGCUAAAACAUAUUUGGAACAUUUAGCUGUGGAUUAUAUUCUUAAAACUGUUGUUUUUGAAAAUGUUGAACAGAUACCACCACAUUCCGAGAUGAAGGAUAUUCUGUUAUUGGCUUUGAAAUCAUCACUAUCAAGACAACAAAGUGAAACCAUCACAACAUCAAACUCUACACCUAAUACUAUUUAUUCCGAAAUUGAAAGAUACAUUGAUGAUUAUACUGAAUUUUUAACUUCAGUCUUACAGAAAGAAAUUUCAAAAGCCAAGAAACCAAAACCAACCAUUCAAUUCGACAUCAAACAAGUUAAACCAUUAUCCUCAUCGAAAGCUAGUGAAUUUUCAAACAAUUUGGAAAAGUUCUCUGUUAGAAAUUUAAUUACCGAAUAA